AAGUAACGCUGAAGGUCCAUGUAAGCGAUGCCAGCACACAUCAGCCAGUAACUGAAGCCUUCAUUGAGAUUUUUACCAACCAGAUCUCCAUUGCAUCUGGAACCUCAGGAGCAGAUGGCACUGCCUUCCUCAAGUUUCAGUAUAAGUUGGGCAAUCAGCUGAUAGUGACUGCUAGUAAACAUGCAUAUGUGCCAAAUUCUGCACCAUGGAAACCUGUAAGAUUGCCUGUGUUCUCUUCGCUGAGUCUCGGCCUUCUUCCUGAACGCUCAGCCACUCUAAUGGUCUAUGACGAUGUAGUCCAGAUAGUCUCAGGAUUUCAAGGUGCGCGGAUUCAGCCACAAGUUCACUUUCAGAGAAGAUCUGUGAAAUUACCAGAGAACACUAGCUACAGUGAUUUGACAGCAUAUCUGACUGCAGCCAGUUCACCCUGGGAAGUGGACAGUUUUCCUUAUUUGCAGGGAUUAGAUGGAAAUGGAACAGGAAACAGCACUAGGUAUGACCUCACCCCGGUCACUGCAGUCAGCGUUCAUCUCCUCAACAGCGAUGGGACUCCAAUCCCCGUGAAUGGCCCCAUCUAUGUCACAGUGCCUCUGCCAACAAACAGCAACUUGAAGCACAAUGCACACGUUCCAGCAUGGAGGUUUGACCAAAAAUUUGGGACAUGGCUGAAGAGUAGUUUGGGCCUUGUACAACAAGAAGGAAAUCAGUUAACUUGGACUUAUAUUGCACCUCAGCUGGGCUACUGGGUUGCAGCUAUGUCACCUACUAUCCCAGGUCCCGUUGUAACACACGACAUUACCAGCUAUCACACAAUGUUUCUUUUGGCAAUUUUAGGAGGGAUGGCUCUCAUACUUCUAGUCUUGCUGUGUCUGCUCUUGUAUUACUGCAGAAGAAAAUGUUUAAGACCACGUCAGCAUCAUAAGAAACUGCAACUUUCCACAGCACUGGAUGCUUCUAAGAAGGAUCAAGCAACCUCUAUGUCCCAUAUAAAUUUAAUAUUUUCACGUCGCGAGUCAGAAUUUCCCGGCGGGCUGUCCAUUGCUAGCAAUGGACACACUGAAAACUCAGGUGCAAAGGAAUUAAUCAGUGCUGUCCACAUGGAGAUGGUAUCACCUAGUGGAGAAGCAGAUAUGCAUACACCUAUGCUCAAACACUCAUUCAGUACUUCCCAGGAGUUCAGCUCCCGAGAGGAACUGCUCUCUGACAAGGAGAAAGACAAGAGCAGAAUUUCCUUGGAUGACCUGACUCCCAGCGGGUCUCUAAGAAAAGACUACCACAAAUCAGCAGAUAGUUUUGCUUUAAAACCAAGAAAAUCUACAGAAACAGCUGAAGGCUAUGAGUCCCCUAUCAAAGAGGAGUAUAGGAGAAGUUACAAUGCUAUGCUGUCUCAGCCUUUGUUUGAAAAGCAAGAGAGAGAAAUUCAAGUAUCUAUGAACCAUAUUGCUACUGGAAGUAAAUACAACAUUCAGGAACAAACAUACCCCACACCUUCAGCCCCUGAAAGAGAGCUGCUGGAUUGCAGACCUACUGAUUGUAUAAUGUCUCGCUCAGUUGAUCACCUUGAAAGACCUACAUCUUUCCCUCGACCAGGUCAGUUAAUCUGCUGCAAUUCUGUUGACCAAGUCAAUGAUAGUGUUUACAGAAAAGUUUUGCCUGCAUUGGUCAUCCCAGGUCAUUACAUGAAAUUGCCAGGAGAACACCCUUUUGUUAGCCAGCCACUGGUCGUUCCAGCUGACCAGCAGAUUGACAUAGAAAGACUUCAGGCUGAGCUUCCUAACCCUCAUGCACGGCUUUUUCCACACCCCCCACAACAGCUGCAACCCCAACAGUUAGCAGCCCAAGCAAUAUCUCAGCAACAUUUGCAAGAUGCAGGUGCGGCUGAGUGGAGUCAACAAAAUGCUUCCAUGUCUGAAUCUAUUUCCAUUCCUGCCUCACUUAACGAUGCAUCCCUGGCACAAAUGAACAGUGAAGUGCAGCUUCUUACAGAGAAGGCUUUGAUGGAAUUAGGAGGUGGAAAGCCAUUGCCUCAUCCUCGAGCAUGGUUUGUUUCUCUAGAUGGACGUUCAAAUGCUCACGUUAGACAUUCAUACAUUGAUCUCCAAAGAGCUGGUAGGAAUGGGAGUAACGAUGCCAGUUUGGACUCCGGCGUUGACAUGAAUGAACCAAAAUCUGCCCGAAAGGGAAGAGGAGAUCAUCUAUCUGCGCCACAGAGUCACCCACCAGUGCAGGAGCACCAGCAGAGAGAGCGGAAGGUUUCAGAUAGCACAGCUUACACACAACUUGUGUACUUGGAUGAUAUGGACCAAAGUGGCAGCGAGUGUGGAACAGCAGUUUGUAGCCCUGAGGACAAUGCUAUACGAUGCCUACUAGAAGGAACUAGUAAGAGAAGUGGUGUGCAGCUGCCCAGCCUGCAGGAGGAAACGAGAACUGUGGAUACCAAACCAGAGCCAUUAACUAGUCCUGAGCAUGGAACAUCAGUUCAAGAUGAUGAGGAGGAUGAGGAGGAUGAGGAGGAUGACCAAGGUGAAGAUAAGAAGAGUCCUUGGCAGAAACGAGAGGAAAGACCACUAAUGACUUUCAAUCUAAAGUGAGCUAUUGUGAAAAUCCACCAUUCAGUGGAGUAAAAAAUUGCCAAAUAUUCUUUCUGUGGAAGUGCUUGAUUUCUUUUUCUUUUUUUUGUUGUGGAGAGAAAAGAGAAAAACAAACUGUGGUGAGCAACAUUUGAAAGAACUUAAAUGCAUUACUGUGUAAAUGUUAGAAAAGAAUUAAAAUCAUUCCUCUGAUUUAACGGCUGCCUCCAGUGAGAUAGCUGAACAAAGAGUGUGAUUGUUAUUCCAUAUACUUGAUAUUGGUCAUCCAGGAUGUUGAAAAUACUGACAAAUUGUUUUGGUUGGUUUAUGACCUCAAUCUCCUUAUGAAUGGGAGCUGGUAAAGCUUUUGUUUUGUAGGCCAAUUUUAUGUUGAUAAUGCUACUGAAAGUAUCUUAAAAACAAGAGUUUUGACACAUGGUGUCUAAAAUUGUGCAUUAUCUCAAUGAAAGGCUAUGCAUUGCUGCUUUUAGUAAUAUUUUGCUUAUACUAUGCUUUUCUUAAUUUUACAAGUUGGUUGUAAACAUUUUAUGUCCUUUAUUAUAAACUACUCAGCAAUUUAUUUUAAUGUAAAACUGCAGGAAACUUGAGUAGCAUCCCUUAGCAUUGAAGCCUUUUUUACAGUAACAAUGAACAGUCCCUUCUUUUGCUAACUCCUUUUAAUUGACCCCAUUUGGGAUUUUAUAAACUUCUGAACUUCUACCUUUUCUUUUAAGCUGCAUGCCAAGAGUCCCAUUUUGUGCUGAGCAUUUCUCACUUCAAUACAGUGUAUUCUG